AUGACGAAGAAGAGAAGAAAUGGAGGACGCAACAAGCACGGACGUGGCCACGUUCGGUUCGUGCGUUGCACGAACUGCUCGCGGGCUGUGCCUAAGGACAAGGCCAUCAAGCGCUUCACUGUCCGCAACAUUGUCGAGGCUGCCGCUCUGCGUGACCUGAGCGAGGCUAGUGUGUACGAUGAGUACGUCCUGCCGAAGCUCUACAUCAAGCUCGCGUACUGUGUGUCGUGCGCCAUCCACUCCAAGGUGGUGCGUGUGCGUUCGGUCGAGGGUCGCCGCGUGCGUACCCCGCCGCGCCUGCGCUUCAACCGUGACAGCCGCAAGAACCCUGCCGCCCAGAUGGCGUCGGGCGGUGCGCGCGCCUAA